CUAGGCACGACGGGAUCCGGCGACUCGGCCCUGGCGACGGGCGGAGCACAGGGCGACACGGCGGGGCGAAGCGUGGUGCAACCCGUGCUGCUCCCCCUCCCAGCCCGAAACCCUAGCUGGCGGGCCCACCGGUGAUAGUAGUGACGGCACUCCGAUCCUCUCCAGCUCAGAUCCGAACGGCGGACAUCUUCCUCAACCCUCCCCGCGGCCAGAUCCGGUGGCGACGGCCGCGGGUCGAGCGAUGGAGGUGUCGACAUGGCAGCUGCGGCGUGGAUCUAUGCUGUGCGGUGCGCGCGACGGGGAGCCCAGCGUGGUGUUCCCUGUCCCUUCCGAGGAGCGCGUUGCCAGGUUUCGUGGAGGCGGAGGCGGCGCACCGCGCACGCGCACAUGCCUCGGGAGCACUCCGUCGAGAUGCUACGCGCUGGUAGCUUGGAUCUCCUUUGGAAGCUGCUGUCCGUGGUGUGCUUGUCCCUGGCUGCCAAAGUGCCAAGAUCUAGGCGGCUGCUGCUGCGAGAUGCGCUGGCGGAGGUGGCUCGUGCCGCGCAGAUGGCCUGCCUCAGCACCAGCGACGGCGUGCGGCACUACGAGCGCGGGCUGGCCGGCUCGUCGUCGUAUCCGACCGGUGACCGGUAACCGCCGGCCUCCGGUUCCGGUAUACCGGUCCGGUUUGGCCGGUUACCGGUCGGAACCGGUGGAAUUCAAAUUUGAAUUCAAACUUCCCCGUUCAACCGGUUCCGAUCGGUAUGCCGGUCGGUUAGACCGGUAUACCGGCCGGUUUGGCCGGUAUACCGGCCGGUUUGGAUGGUAACCGGCCGGUUUGACUGGUACAGGUCAAAUUCAAAUUUUUUUCUUUUUUUUUUAAAUUCAAAUGCCCACAAAGUAUACUAAAUAAAUGUUUGUACAACAUAUUUUAGUCUAAAUGAACCCUCCAACUCUUUUUUAUACUACUUUUACAUUGUAUUUGUAUACUUUCGUA